GUCUCAGCAUCCAACAACGGUUCUUCUCACAACAGCAACCAUGUACAGGAACCUCGCUCUCGCUUCUCUCUCGCUCUUCGGAGCUGCCCGCGCUCAGCAGGCUGGUACUGUCACUACCGAGACCCACCCCAGUCUUUCUUGGAAGACCUGCACUGGUACUGGAGGUACCAGCUGCACCACCAAGGCCGGAAAGAUCACGCUCGAUGCUAACUGGCGCUGGACUCACGUCACCACCGGAUACACCAACUGCUACGACGGUAACUCCUGGAACACCACUGCUUGCCCUGAUGGCGCUACUUGCACCAAGAACUGCGCUGUUGACGGUGCUGACUACUCUGGCACCUACGGUAUCACUACAAGCAGCAACUCCUUGAGCAUCAAGUUCGUCACCAAGGGCUCCAACUCUGCCAACAUUGGUUCGCGUACCUACCUUAUGGAGAGCGACACCAAGUACCAGAUGUUCAACCUCAUCGGCCAGGAGUUCACCUUCGACGUCGACGUCUCCAAGCUUCCUUGCGGUCUCAACGGUGCUCUCUACUUCGUCGAGAUGGCCGCUGACGGUGGCAUUGGCAAGGGCAACAACAAGGCUGGUGCCAAGUACGGAACCGGUUACUGCGACAGCCAAUGUCCCCACGACAUCAAGUUCAUCAACGGAAAGGCCAACGUCGAGGGCUGGAACCCAUCUGACGCUGACCCGAACGCCGGAUCUGGCAAGAUCGGUGCCUGCUGCCCUGAGAUGGAUAUCUGGGAGGCCAACUCCAUCUCCACUGCCUACACCCCUCACCCUUGCAAGGGCACGGGUCUUCAGGAGUGCACUGAUGACGUCUCUUGCGGAGACGGCAGCAACCGUUACAGCGGUCUCUGCGACAAGGACGGAUGUGAUUUCAACAGCUACCGUAUGGGCGUCAAGGACUUCUACGGCCCCGGCGCCACCCUCGACACCACCAAGAAAAUGACCGUCGUCACCCAAUUCCUCGGCUCGGGCUCCACUCUCUCUGAGAUCAAGCGCUUCUACGUACAGAACGGCAAGGUCUUCAAGAACAGCGACUCAGCCAUCGAGGGCGUGACCGGAAACUCCAUCACCGAGUCCUUCUGCGCCGCGCAGAAGACGGCUUUCGGCGACACCAACUCCUUCAAGACGCUCGGUGGACUCAACGAGAUGGGUGCUUCGCUUGCACGCGGCCACGUCUUGGUCAUGUCGCUCUGGGACGACCAUGCGGUCAACAUGUUGUGGCUGGACUCCACUUACCCUACCAAUUCCACCAAGUUGGGUGCCCAGCGUGGUACUUGCGCUAUCGACUCUGGUAAGCCCGAGGAUGUGGAGAAGAACCAUCCUGAUGCCACCGUUGUCUUCUCCGACAUCAAGUUCGGUCCCAUCGGCUCCACCUUCCAGCAGCCUUCUUAGAUUGCUUUAUUAGCAUAGGGUGCGGGGAACAUGUAGCAGGCGGGAUGUAGAGCUUGCUCAUGCUGGGGUACUUUCGCUUCCAGCUUUUUCUUCGGAAUUUGUAUAUACUUUGUUGGAUGGUAGAAAAUGUGCAUAUAGAGAUGAAUAAAGCGCUGUCGCUUAUG